CGAAGUUCGGUUCGGUGGAUCGAAUAUGGUGUAAGAGUGUCGCAACUUUCUAGUGAUGCAUUGAAAAAUGUAUUUUUACUAAACAAAUCGCCUUUUUGUUUUCAUAAAAUAACUCCACAAGUGAUCUUCAUCAGUGAAGUCUUGGUUACCGAUAAAUUUUAGAAAUGCAACGAUUGAGUAAAGCGGGAAGGAUCGCCGUCCUCUAUCGAGGCGGUCCGAUUCAGGUCAAUUCCCGGUUGGAAAAUGCGGCACUCCAAUGUACAGCGUGCUAUUCGACUCGCCGACCGGGAUUCUUCUCCCAGCUCGUGGACAACAUCAAGUCGGAGAUGGAGAAGAACAAAGAGAUGAAGGAUAAUUUGAAAAAGUUUCGACAGGAAGCGCAGAAGCUGGAGGAGUCCGAUGCGUUGAAGGCAGCAAGGCAAAAGUUCAACACCGUUGAGUCGGAGGCUUCGAAGAGCAGUGAGGUGCUGAAGGACAACCUGGAUAAGAUUCGGGGGAAAGUUACGGAAGCACUGGACGAGGCCGCUAAGACGGAUAUUGCCAAAAAGGCGGGAAAGCUUGGCGAAGAGUUGGGAAAGACGGCCCGGGGGAUGGGCGAGACUAUUGCCGAGAAGGGACAACAGCUGGGUGAGACGGGAGCCUUCAAGGGAAUCUCCGAGGCCACGAAAGCUGUGAAACAGGAAAUCGAUAGUCAGGGUAUUUCUUCUCGAGUCUAUCAGGCUCCGGAACGGUUAAGGAAGCGGAUCGAAGUCAGUAUGGCCGAUGCGAACCGUAUUUUCGAAGCCAAUACCGAGGCGGUGGGCGUGGAGUUGCACAAGGACAGUAAGUUCUACCAAAGCUGGGAAAAUUUCAAAAACAACAACGCCUACGUGAACAAAGUCCUGACUUGGAAGAUGCAAUACGACGAAUCGGAGAACCCCAUGAUCCGAGCUUCCCGACUGCUGACGGACAAAGUGAGCGACGUGAUGGGAAAUCUCUUCUCCAAGACCGAACUUUCCGAAACCCUCACGGAAAUCUGCAAAAUUGACCCGAACUUCGACCAGAAGCAAUUCCUCAAGGACUGCGAAAAUGACAUCAUCCCCAAUAUUCUGGAAGCGAUGAUUCGCGGCGAUUUGGAGAUUCUCAAAGACUGGUGCUUCGAAAGCACGUACAAUGUCAUCGCCACACCGAUUGCCCAAGCCCAAAAGGCGGGCUUCUUCCUUGAUUCCAAAAUCCUCGACAUCGAAAACGUCGACCUGGUGAUGGGAAAGGUGAUGGAACAGGGACCGGUGCUCAUCAUUACCUUCCAAACGCAGCAGAUUAUGUGCGUCCGGGACAGCAAAGGAACCGUCGUGGAAGGCGACCCGGAGAAGGUGAUGCGAUGCAAUUACGUGUGGGUUCUAUGCCGGGAUCCGAACGAUUUGAACCCUAAGUCGGCAUGGCGAUUAAUGGAACUACAGGGCAACAGUACCGAGCAGUUCGUGUAGAGUGUAGGUUCCGCACCGAAGAAAAGGAAUCGAACACGGAGGAAGAAAUGGCGGACCGUUGUUCCUUAGAUUGGUCCGCGUUCUGAUAGCCGGAACUGACGCCCGAAUGCAGACAGGAUCUUCCGACUGGUUUUGUCGUUUUAGUCGGAAGCUACUCAGCAUUGUCGCGGAUGUCGGAAAUUCGAACGGGGUUAAAGUUAAGAUAUUUUUUUAGUUGCUAAGUUUUAGAGAGAAAGAGCGGAAGCGA